AUGCAGAUUUUUGUCAAAACUUUAACUGGUAAAACUAUCACCUUGGAGGUUGAGCCCUCCGAUACCAUUGAAAAUGUCAAGGCUAAGAUCCAAGACAAGGAGGGUAUCCCACCAGAUCAACAACGAUUGAUUUUUGCUGGAAAACAGUUAGAAGAUGGCCGUACCCUCUCAGACUAUAAUAUCCAGAAAGAAUCUACGCUUCACUUGGUGCUUCGUCUUCGUGGAGGUGUUAUUGAGCCAACAGCAAGACUCCUUGCUCAGAAAUACAACUGUGACAAAAUGAUCUGUCGCAAGUGUUAUGCACGUCUUCCAUUGAGGGCUACCAACUGCCGUAAGAAGAAAUGCGGAAACAGCAGUAACUUGAGGCCCAAAAAGAAGCUUAAAUAA